UUGUUUGUGCGCUACUGCAUGAGGUAUCAGGGAUAAUCAUUAACAUAAUCGUUACAUAAUGAGUCAAAACAUAAAGUAACAUACUUAAAUAUAAUUGCAAUUAGCUGGACUUACUUCAGUCCAUUCACAGUUUGAAGAACAAAGUUACUUGGUAAAUUCAAAAAUGAACUGGAAUAUCUUCAUCAUUGUGGUUGUGGCCUGUUUUGCAUUGGAAGUUUAUUGUGAUCCUAUCGAUAUCGCGAACGUCAAGGACUACUGCAUCAAAGAAACUGCGAUUGCCAAAGAAACUGUUAAAAAAAUGGAAGACGAUACUCUUGAAAGACUCGACGAAGAUGCUUACUGUUAUCUGCGCUGCAUCUUCGUCUCGAUGGAACUCAUCGAUUCCAACGGAGAACUGGACGUGAAGAAAGUCAUGAAAGAAUUUGACUAUUUUGAUGAAGAAUGUCUGAAAAAAAUCCCGAAAAUUAUGGAAUGUACCGAUAUGGCCGCACUAAACGAUUGCGAAGUUGAUUAACACUGUAAUAAAUAGAAUUUCAAUUUUUAAUACACUAUAUAAUUAAAUACCUACAAAUAAAUCACUGUUAUUGAGAAAAAACAUUAGGAAAAU